CGCCCGCCCUUUCUUGUUUCGCUUUUAUAGUGCAAAGAAACCCAAGAAUUACUCUACUGUAAUCCCAACUUCGACUGGAGACUACAAUACAGAGAGCGACAGAAGCCGGAAAAUGUAUUCCAACUCCGGCCACGUUAACGGCUACCACCAGCAACCCGGCGGCUCUUCCUCCGAUAAGCGGCCGGGAACCGUCCAGAAAGGUCGGCCCCGCCGGGGAAGAGGCAGCAGGUCCUCGAAUGGUGGCGGAGUGAGGGUUUCCGAAGAGAAACAGCCGAAGCAAGUGGAGGGGCUUCCUUGUACCGACUUUGACAUGGCUUACUUCCAUUCUUACUCUCACGUUGGUAUUCAUGAAGAAAUGAUCAAGGAUAGCGUACGGACUGAAACUUAUAGGGCAGCAAUCAUGCAGCAUCAGAGUUCUAUUGCUGGCAAAGUUGUAAUGGAUGUUGGCUGUGGCACUGGAAUUCUCUCCAUAUUUUGUGCUCAAGCUGGUGCAAGGCGGGUUUAUGCAGUUGAUGCAAGUGACAUAGCAGUGCAGGCCUCAGAUGUUGUUAAGGCUAAUAAUCUGUCGGAUACAAUCGUUGUAUUGCAUAGUAGAGUUGAGGAUGUUCAAAUUGAUGAGGGUGUGGAUGUUAUAAUUUCUGAGUGGAUGGGAUAUAUGCUUUUAUAUGAGAGCAUGCUUGGAAGUAUAAUUUAUGCCAGAGAUCGGUGGUUGAAACCUGGAGGCCUUAUACUACCAUCAAAUGCAACAUUGUACAUGGCACCUGUCACUCACACCGAUAGAUACAGUGCGAGCAUUGAUUUCUGGCGCAGUGUAUAUGGAAUUGAUAUGUCAGCAAUGUUGCCAUUAGCAAAACAGUGCGCUUUUGAAGAGCCAUCCAUUGAGACAAUAUCAGGAGAGAAUGUUUUGACAUGGCCAGAAGUGGUCAAGCAUGUUGACUGCUACACAGUUUCAAUUGGCGAGCUUGAGACUGUCACAAAAAGCUACAGGUUCAAGUCAAUGAUGCGAGCUCCGUUGCAUGGUUUUGCUUUCUGGUUUGAUGUGGAGUUUUAUGGGCCUGCUACUGCCAUCCAAGGUCAAAUACCAUCGAAUCCUGAUGAUAAUCAAGUUAAUGAUGGCAGCCAGAGAAAGAAACGUGCAAAUCCAAAUGAAGCACUUGUACUGUCCACUGCACCUGAGGACCCUCCAACCCAUUGGCAGCAGACAUUAAUCUACUUUUAUGACCCAUUAGAGGUUGAACAAGACCAAAUAAUUGAAGGCUCAGUUACUUUAUCACAAAGCAAAGAAAACCGUCGGUUCAUGAAUAUUCGCCUUGAAUAUGUUUCUGGUGGGCGGUCCUUUGUAAAAGAGUCGGUGAUGCGAUGAUAUCUAUUCUUUGCUUUGUUUCUUGAUGUGAAGCCUCAAUGAGUCUUCUCAAGGUUGACCUUCCUGAAACGGUAAUUUUUCAAGCAACUCUAGGAAUUACUGCUCAACUAACAUUUUUAGAAUUUGAAGUGUCUUGAAGCUGCUGGUCUGGUUGAUUACAUACCAGAAAACCUUAGAGACAGUUGACUGCUGACCGUGUUUGUUUACGAUUGCUUGAUUAGCUUUCUUCUUCAUAUUGUCUCUCCUUGGUGAAAGAUGUAGGCUAAGUUAGAUACAGGGCUCCAUUAAGAAUUCUUAUUCUUUCUUGUAAUGCUACUUUGAGAUGACAAUUAUAGGUCAAGUGAUGGAUCUGAUUCAAAUUUUCGAUCAUGUAAGAGAAUGUAGAACUCCCACCAUUUAUUUUUUAAAUGACAAGUUCAUAUUGUCUCUCUUUUA